CAGUUAUAUUGAAUGUUGAAAUAUUGCCAAUAUACUACAAUAUACUAUUUAAAUUAUUUACAAAAAAUCUGUAAUUAGAUGUAUUAAAGUGGAGAUGUUAUUAGAUUUACACGUGAUUUUAUAUUGCAUGAUAUAAUAUGCAAAAUUCUGUAAUAUAUUCAAAACGACAAUAUGUCGUUUUUCGAAAAAUUCUUGGAUAUUUAUUUAAAUGUAAUUUAAAAAAACAUGAGGUAUUUAAUGCCUUCUCUACAAAUUAUAAUUUUCACAAUCACAUGAAUAGGUUAUGUUUCCCAUUAUCACAUUCGUUAUGUGAAAUAAAACAUAAGGAAUUAUCCGAAAUACAAUCAUUAUUUUCAAAAAAUGAGUAUUUUAAUUAUUUUUCAAAAUUGUGUAAUAGAAGAAGUUUUAGUACAACUUCUAAUAAAAAUCAACGAACAUCCAAUGAAUCUGCUGAUGAUUCUAGUAAAGAUCCCAAAAAAUCCAAUGAAUUUAAUAUGUUAUUUUUCAAAAUGUUAAUCUUUUUAACUGCAUUUUCAAUAUACUAUGUUAUGUUUUCUGGAUUCGUUGAGAAUGUUGUUGUAGUAAUACAUUGGAAUGAUUUUAUAAAUGAAGUGCUUUUAAAAGGUCAAGUUCAAGAAAUUAUGAUUUAUCCAAGUUAUGUAGAAGCUACAAUAAGAAGAGGUGCUACAUAUAAAGGAAGAUAUAUUUUUAGACGUCUUCAAUUCUAUGAUGUCCCUGACAUAAAAAAUAUUGAAGAAAAAAUUAGAGCAUUAGAAAAACGCAUUGGAAUUAGAAUGGAGGAUGGCAUUUCAAUUAGAUAUAUUCAUAUGAAUGAGAGACUAGCUGUAUCAGAAUUAUUUAAAACAUUGUUAAUAUUUGCUAUAUUUUUUACCUUCUUUCAUCCAAUGAUAAGAAAGAAAUUUAAUAAUUUUACUUCUAUAAAUAAGGCAAAAUAUACAUUAGUGGAACCUUUUUCUGGUAAAGGUGUUCGUUUUAAAGAUGUAGCUGGUUUAAAAGAAGCCAAAAUAGAAGUAAUGGAAUUUGUUGAUUACCUUAAAAAUCCUGAAAGAUAUACAAAACUUGGUGCUAAAGUACCAAAAGGAGCUUUACUCUUAGGACCACCAGGUUGUGGUAAAACACUUUUAGCUAAAGCUGUUGCAACUGAAUCAAAUGUUCCAUUUCUAUCAAUGAAUGGAUCUGAAUUUACUGAAUUAAUAGGUGGAUUAGGUGCAGCACGUGUCAGGGAUUUAUUUACAGAAGCAAAAAAAAGAGCUCCUAGUAUUAUUUACAUAGAUGAAAUUGAUGCAAUAGGCAAAAAACGAUCAGAUUCAUUCAGUGAAUUUACUAAUCCUGAAUCAGAGAGAACACUAAAUCAACUUUUAGUAGAAAUGGAUGGAAUGAUAGCAGCAAAGGAUAUUAUUAUUUUGGCUUCAACAAAUAGAGCAGAAGUUUUAGAUAAAGCUUUAUUAAGAUGUGGUAGAUUUGAUAGACAUAUUUUAAUUGAUCUUCCUACUUUAGAAGAGAGAGGACAAAUUUUUGAAUAUCAUCUUCAGUCAUUAUCAUUGGAAGACAAACCAAUAAAAUAUUCUAAAUAUUUAGCUCAUCUUACUCCUGGUUUUAGCGGAGCUGAAAUAGCAAAUGUUUGUAAUGAAGCUGCAUUGCAUGCAGCAAGUGAAAAAAAGAUUAAAGUUGACAAUAAUGACCUCAUGUAUGCAAUUGAUAAAAUAUUAGGUGGCUCAAUAAAAAAAUCUAGUACAUUAACACCUUCUGAGAAAAAAGUUAUUGUUUAUCAUGAAGCCGGUCAUGCAUUAACGGCAUGGUUAUUGGAACGUGCAAAUCCUUUAAUUAAAAUAACUGUAGUACCAAGAACAAAUAAACGUUUGGGUUUUUCUCAAUUUUCCGAUUCAAAUCUGAAACUUCAAAGUUCAGAACAUAUUUUUGAACGUAUGUGUGUAUUAUUAGGUGGUAGAGUUGCUGAAAGUAUAAUGUUUAAUAAAAUUUCAACUGGUGCACAAAAUGAUUUAGAAAAAGUAACGGAAAUGGCAUAUUGUCAAGUUCAACAAUUUGGAAUGAGUCCUAAUGUGGGUUGUUCUUUUGAUAGAGAAUUAACAACUAUGAGAACUAAAAAACCAUAUAGUAAAAAGUUAGGAAGUUUAAUGGAUGCGGAGGUACGAAGAAUAAUAAUCGAAGCAUAUAAAACGACUGAAAAAUUAUUACAAGAUAAUAAAGAUAAACUGAUAACAUUAGCUGAAACUCUUUUAAAAAAAGAAACUUUGACAUAUAAAGAUAUAGAAGCAUUAAUUGGACCUCCACCUUUUGGAAAGAAAGAUCUUGCAGAAUUGCAAGAAUAUGAGCAAUAUAAUCCAGGCACACAAUAGAUAAACAUUAGUGAUCUUUUUAAA